AUGGCGGACUCUGCCCAGGAGGGCCUGGUCCAGUCUGCCCUGGAGGGCCUGGUCCAGUCUGCCCUGGAGGGACUGGUGCAGUCUGCCCAGGAGGGCCUGGUCCAGUCUGCCCUGGAGGGCCUGGUCCAGUCUGCCCAGAAGGGCCUGGUGCAGUCUGCCCAGGAGGGCCUGGUCCAGUCUGCCCAGAAGGGCCUGGUGCAGUCUGCCCUGGAGGGCCUGGUCCAGUCUGCCCAGGAGGGCCUGGUCCAGUCUGCCCAGAAGGGCCUGGUGCAGUCUGCCCAGGAGGGCCUGUCUGCCCAGGAGGGCCUGGUCCAGUCUGCCCUGGAGGGCCUGGUCCAGUCUGCCCAGAAGGGCCUGGUGCAGUCUGCCCAGGAGGGCCUGGUCCAGUCUGCCCAGAAGGGCCUGGUGCAGUCUGCCCUGGAGGGCCUGGUCCAGUCUGCCCAGGAGGGCCUGGUCCAGUCUGCCCAGAAGGGCCUGGUGCAGUCUGCCCAGGAGGGCCUGUCUGCCCAGGAGGGCCUGGUGCAGUCUGCCCAGGAGAGCCUGCUGCAGUCUGCCCAGGAGGGCCUGGUCCAGUCUGCCCAGGAGGGCCUGGUGCAGUCUGCCCUGGAGGGACUGGUGCAGUCUGCCCAGGAGGGACUGGUGCAGUCUGCCCAGGAGGGCCUGGUCCAGUCUGCCCAGGAGGGCCUGGUGCAGUCUGCCCAGGAGAGCCUGCUGCAGUCUGCCCAGGAGGGCCUGGAGGGCCUGGUCCAGUCUGCCCUGGAGGGACUGGUGCAGUCUGCCCUGGAGGGCCUGGUCCAGUCUGCCCAGGAGGGCCUGGUCCAGUCUGCCCAGGAGGGCCUGGUCCAGUCUGCCCUGGACGGCCUGGUCCAGUCUGCCCAGGAGGGCCUGGUCCAGUCUGCCCAGGAGGGCCUGGUCCAGUCUGCCCUGGAGGGACUGGUGCAGUCUGCCCAGGAGGGCCUGUCUGCCCAGGAGGGCCUGGUCCAGUCUGCCCUGGAGGGACUGGUGCAGUCUGCCCAGGAGGGACUGGUCCAGUCUGCCCUGGAGGGACUGGUGCAGUCUGCCCUGGAGGGCCUGGUCCAGUCUGCCCAGGAGGGCCUGGUCCAGUCUGCCCAGGAGGGCCUGGUGCAGUCUGCCCAGGAGAGCCUGCUGCAGUAUGCCCAGGAGGGCCUGGUCCAGUCUGCCCAGGAGGGUCUGGUGCAGUCUGCCCUGGAGGGACUGGUGCAGUCUGCCCAGGAGGGACUGGUGCAGUCUGCCCAGGAGGGCCUGGUCCAGUCUGCCCAGGAGGGCCUGGUGCAGUCUGCCCAGGAGAGCCUGCUGCAGUCUGCCCAGGAGGGCCUGGAGGGCCUGGUCCAGUCUGCCCUGGAGGGACUGGUGCAGUCUGCCCAGGAGGGCCUGGUGCAGUCUGCCCAGGAGGGCCUGGUCCAGUCUGCCCUGGAGGGACUGGUGCAGUCUGCCCUGGAGGGCCUGGUCCAGUCUGCCCAGGAGGGCCUGUCUGCCCAGGAGGGCCUGGUCCAGUCUGCCCUGGAGGGACUGGUGCAGUCUGCCCAGGAGGGACUGGUGCAGUCUGCCCAGGAGGGACUGGUCCAGUCUGCCCUGGAGAGACUGGUGCAGUCUGCCCAGGAGGGACUGGUGCAGUCUGCCCUGGAGGGACUGGUGCAGUCUGCCCAGGAGGGCCUGUCUGCCCAGGAGGGACUGGUGCAGUCUGCCCUGGAGGGCCUGGUGCAGUCUGCCCAGGAGGGCCUGGUGCAGUCUGCCCAGGAGGGCCUGGUCCAGUCUGCCCUGGAGGGCCUGGUGCAGUCUGCCCAGGAGGGCCUGGUCCAGUCUGCCCUGGAGGGACUGGUGCAGUCUGCCCUGGAGGGACUGGUGCAGUCUGCCCAGGAGGGCCUGGUGCAGUCUGCCCUGGAGGGACUGGUGCAGUCUGCCCAGGAGGGACUGGUGCAGUCUGCCCAGGAGGGACUGGUCCAGUCUGCCCAGGAGGGCCUGGUGCAGUCUGCCCAGGAGGGCCUGGUCCAGUCUGCCCUGGAGGGCCUGGUGCAGUCUGCCCAGGAGGGACUGGUGCAGUCUGCCCAGGAGGGACUGGUCCAGUCUGCCCAGGAGGGACUGGUGCAGUCUGCCCUGGAGGGACUGGUCCAGUCUGCCCUGGAGGGUCUGGUGCAGUCUGCCCAGGAGGGCCUGUCUGCCCAGGAGGGCCUGGUCCAGUCUGCCCUGGAGGGCCUGGUGCAGUCUGCCCUGGAGGGCCUGGUGCAGUCUGCCCAGGAGGGCCUGGUCCAGUCUGCCCUGGAGGGCCUGGUGCAGUCUGCCCUGGAGGGCCUGGUGCAGUCUGCCCAGGAGGGCCUGGUGCAGUCUGCCCUGGAGGGCCUGGUGCAGUCUGCCCAGGAGGGCCUGGUGCAGUCUGCCCAGGAGGGCCUGGUGCAGUCUGCCCUGGAGGGACUGGUGCAGUCUGCCCAGGAGGGCCUGGUGCAGUCUGCCCUGGAGGGACUGGUGCAGUCUGCCCAGGAGGGCCUGGUGCAGUCUGCCCGGGAGGGCCUGGUGCAGUCUGCCCUGGAGGGCCUGGUCCAGUCUGCCCGGGAGGGCCUGGUCCAGUCUGCCCUGGAGGGACUGGUCCAGUCUGCCCAGGAGGGCCUGGAGGGCCUGGCGACUGGCAGAGCGGCGCCGGACAGCAGCUGGCGCGAGGGGCGAGCUAAAUAA